GUGACGGGGGUCGGGAGAGACUGGGACACACAGCCUUAACCGCGCGGGAGGGAGGGUUUAACCAUUAACCACCAUUAACCAUUAAGGCAGCUGUGCAGAGCCGGUACUGUAGGCUACAUAAGGCGUGCGCACCGGCGCCCACGCCUCAGCCUGAGCGCGUUACCAAGAGGCGGAGGAUCCAUCCAGCCAGCCAGCCAGCCACGCGAAGGAGUGCUCGUGCUGUUACUGCUCGUCACUACUCUUCGGACCGCUGACACCAGAAGGUGACUCUUUGCUCCGGUUCGAGAGGUGGGCUAUUUUUUCUGCCGGCAGUAAUUCAAUCUUCAUGCUGCAGACCUUUAAAUAUCUCCCUUGAAAACCUCCCAGCAGCCACGUGGUGUAAGGUGAGACAUUGCCAGCCCGGUCCACUCACCAGUCUGACAUGAUCAGUGAACUGAGAGCAUUACUAGUCUGCGCUGCAAUCUGGCCACUUUAGACCUCAGAUUAGAUUUUUUCUUUAGCUUAACCUGAACUUUAAAGGACUGUUUCCAAGUGACUGGAGGGGAUUUUUGUUGUGAGUCCCCACGCCUAUUGUUUUCUCUUCUCUUCUGUUUUGAACCAGUAUGCUCUCUUCUUUUUUUUGCCGGUCUACCCUGAGCACCUUGCAGUGAAUGGAGAACAUACUGGUUCUGCUCCCUAAGCACCGACAGGAACACGGGCUGUGCAGACGCCCGGCUGCAUGUGCCUUGCUGCAGGUUUUUUCCUACAGAGCCGUUUUCUCCAGGUCUUUAGUAGCGACCCCCACUCCCUGUCAGCCUCUUUAAUGGGAUAAAUCAAUUGGACUGAUCAGGUUCAAAACCAGAUCAGGUGGCCAAUUCCAUUCUGACUUCCCCAAAACUGUUAGGCAACCUGACCUUUUCUUGUCAAGUCCACUGUCUUCCAAAGGCUUCCGCAUGGUACUUUGGUCGAAAGAACUAGACAAACUCCCUGACAUCAGCAUGUCCUCCGGGGCCAUUGAGGCGAAGAAGGAGGGCGGCCCCCCGAGCCCGGCUCUACCCAACUCCAACUGCUCCGUCCCCCCGGUAAUCCUCACCAAGGGCCCUGAGGAGGUGAGCCCAGGGACCGGGGGCGAGUUCGAGCUCACAGAGGUCCCGUCUCUCACAGAGAGGGCCGGCGAGGCCGGAGAGGAUGAGGAGAGGACGGAAAUUGUGGUGGCGAUGGACUGCCGGGCCAAUGCCAAAGGUCAGCGAGAGGAGGAUGCUCUCCUGGAGAACGCAAGCCAGAGCAACGAGAGCGAUGACACCAGCACCAAUCAGAGCCCAGAACCACCGGCACCCCUCAAGGAGACCUCCUUCUCCAUCGGCCUGCAGGUGGUCUUCCCCUUCCUGCUGGCUGGGUUCGGGACAGUGGCAGCUGGAAUGGUACUAGACCAGGUCCAGCACUGGACGGUGUUUACGGAGGUGUCGGAGGUGUUCAUCCUGGUUCCAGCACUGCUGGGGCUCAAAGGCAACCUGGAGAUGACGCUGGCCUCCAGACUUUCAACAGCGGCUAAUAUUGGUCAGAUGGACACAGCUAAGAACAUGUGGAAGAUGAUCAUGGGGAACUUGGCCCUCAUCCAGGUCCAGGCCACAGUGGUGGGGUUCCUGGCCUCUAUAGCUGCUGUGAUCUUCGGCUGGAUCCCAGAGGGACACUUCAGGCUGGGCCACGCUGUGCUGCUGUGUGCCUCCAGUGUGGCUACUGCCUUCAUCGCCUCUCUGCUGCUAGGGCUCAUCAUGAUUGGUGUGAUCAUCGCGUCCAGGAAAGUCGGCAUCAACCCUGACAAUGUGGCCACACCCAUUGCUGCUAGCCUGGGAGACCUGAUCACCCUGUCCCUGCUGGCAGGCAUUUCAACUGGACUGUACAAGGAACUAGAUUACAAUGACUAUGCCAACCCGCUGGUGUGUGCAGUGUUUGUGGCGUUGUGCCCCCUAUGGGUGCUGAUCGCCAGGAGGAUCCCGUCCACCAGAGAACUCCUCUACUCCGGCUGGGAGCCAGUCAUCAUUGCCAUGGCCAUCAGCAGUGUUGGUGGUUUGAUCCUCGACAAGACUGUCACCAACCCAAACUUUGCUGGCAUGGCUGUCUUCACUCCGGUCAUUAACGGUGUGGGAGGUAACCUGGUCGCGGUUCAGUCCAGUCGAAUCUCCACCUAUCUGCACAUGAAUGGGCUACCUUUGGGGGAUCCCAACCCCACCCCCAGGAAGUGCCCCACACCCUGCACCUCCUUCUUCGGCUCCUCUGUGAACUCUCGUUCAGCCCGUGUGCUCUUCCUCCUGGUCGCCCCGGGUCACCUCGUCUUCCUCUACACCAUCAACUCACUGAGGGGGGGACACACCACCCUGACACCUGUCUUCAUUACGUUCUACCUGGUUGCAGCACUACUACAGGUGAUAAUCCUUCUCUACCUGGCAGACUGGCUCGUGCACUGGAUGUGGGGUCGAGGUAUGGACCCCGACAACUUCUCCAUCCCCUACCUGACUGCUCUGGGUGACCUGCUGGGGACCGGCUUCCUCGCCCUCUGCUUCCACAUGCGCUGGUUCAUCGGGGACAGAGACUCUAAUUCGGGCAACUGAAUGCAUGCAGAGAUACACACAUGCACACACACACAUAAAAGAAAAAGGAAAAAAAAACUUCACAUGCUCUUUGCUUGCACGCACGACAGUGACAAACAUCACCCGUAUGCGUGAACAUUAUCUGAAAGUGGACAUUGUCUACGAUAAAAGAGCUAAUCUCCUGUAGGGCUCGGAUUGAUGGCUUAGCAUCCGUAGCGCAGUAGCGUUUCAUCUUCAGGAUGUCAGGACACUGAUGCACCGCAGCAGCAGCCACAGAAACAUAGGCAGCAGCAGCAGCAGCAGCCACAGAAACACAGGCAGCAGCAGCCAC